AUGGCCUCAUCCGAUCUAGAUACUCUCGUCGAUAUGGGCUUUGAUCGCGAGCGUGCCGAGCUCGCCGUCAAAGUCUCUGGAGGCCUUCAGUCCGCCAUCGACUGGCUCGAGACCAACCAGGACAAGUCCAUUGACGAGAUCAAGCAAGCGCAAGCCAGCUCUGCUGCCGGAGCUUCAGACGAACCCCCAGCCCUCCAGCCCGGAGAAGAAGCAAAAUCACUCGUGUGCGAUGAGUGCGGCAAAAAGUUCCGAUCAGUCAACCAAGCUCAAUUCCACGGCGAAAAGACAGGCCACGAGCAGUUCAGCGAGUCGACCGAAGAAAUCGCACCCCUCACAGAAGAAGAAAAGAAGCAGCGGCUACAGGAGCUACGGGAGAAGUUGGCGGCGAAGCGCGCAAAGAUGUCAGAGCAGGACAAGGAGGACCAGAAGAGAAACGAGCAGAUUCGCAUGAAGGCCACAAAGGAGUCGCAGGAUAUCAGGGAGGAGUUACAAAAGAAGGAGCGUCUGAAGGAGGCUGCUGCUAAGCGUGCAGAGAAGAAGGCAGACGAGGAGGCAAGGAAGCGCGUGCUGGCAAAACUCGAGGCAGACAAACAGGAACGUAAGCGCAAGGCCGAGGAGGAAAAGGCAAAGCGUGCCGGUCAGGCUCCCCCUGCUCCAGCCGCACAAGCUCCUCUCGCGACAUCUUCUGGUCCUUCGACAAGCAAGCCUGCAAGCGCAUACACUGAGGCUCGGUUGGCGCUCCAGACACCCAGCGGAAGGGUCAUGAAGACGUUCCCGGUAGAGACGACGCUCUUCGAGGUAGCACACGCGCUGGAACAGGAUGGCCUGAGUGUCAAUACGUUUACCACCAACUUCCCCAAGAAGACGUAUGACAAGACUGACUUUGGCAUGACGCUCAAGGAGGCUGGCAUGAUACCGAGCGCGGCCUUGAUUGUCGGAUAA